AUGUUCCUCUGGAUACCCGUAGGAUCGUGUAGGAUUCGACGGAUCGUAAAACGGAGUCCCGAAUACUCCGGAAAUGCCAACCCUAGGGUGAGGGUUUCAGUAACCGUCCAAUCGUGCGAUCGUGAGCGGUUCGUCCGUUUCGGACCAAACUUACAGGACGUGUAUCCUAGACCUCGUAAAACCUAUAGGAACUCCCGGGAAGCUAGGGUACUCCGACCCAGCAUACGCAGCAGGCGGGACCCUCUAAGGGUCAAGCUGUGGGACUACUUGUGA